GUGGACUUCAGUCAGUCGGUCAGCCACCUCUGGAAGCAGUUCAGGCGCUUCGGCCGCAAAGGGGACGCAGCCCAGGGCCAGGCCGCGGAAGAACACGCGGGCGGGGGCGGCGGCCGCGGCGGCGGCGGCCGCGGCGGCGGCGGCCGCGGCGGCAGGGGCGGUAGCCGGGGCGGCGGGGCAGGCGGAGGGCCGGGCAGCAAUCUGGAGCUCAAGCGCCCGAAUUUUCAUGGGGCCGGCGGCGGCGGCGGUGAUUACAGAAAACAAGGCGGAGGCGGCAGCAGCGGCAAGGGGCUGGAGGCGGCGACGGCCCCGUCUGCCGGUGGCUUGGAAGAGCAGCGCGCCCCGCCGCGUCAGCAGCAGCGGGAACGCGAGCUGGAGCCAGAGCGGGGGCGCGAGCCGGAGCGGGGCCAGGAGCGUGCGCCGCACCGGGCGCGCCGCAGCAGGAGCAGGAGCCGUGAGGCGCGGCGAGACAGGGAGGCGCGGCGCGAGCGCGAGCCGGCAAGGGAGGAAGGCAGGGAGGCCACCCGCGGCGGCAGCGACGGCCGGCAGCGGGAAAGCGGGCGCGACCCCUAUCGGGACAGGCACCACAGCGGCGGUGGCGGCGGCGACGACGACGACAGACACAAGCGGCGGCGCAGCAGGAGCCGCGACAGGAGGCGCAGCCCACCCCCGCGCCGCAGGAGCCGGUCAAGGAGCAGGGGCCGCGGGGGCGACCGGGACAGGGACCGGCGGUAG